GUUUUGGGUUUCGCGAAGUGAAGCAAAUUUCAGUUCAGGCUGGUCCCUCUUCUCCUUUCUGCUUUUUGCCCUUCCGCCACCUCCUCCUCCUCCUCCUCCUCCGCCGCAACCGCCGCCGCUUCACCACCGGGAGGUAUAGACUAGCUUCCGUUUAGCUGAGCUAGAAACAGAGGAACGAUCGCAAAACGGGAAGACGGAAGAGCUAGGGAAUGUGGUUUCUGUGCGUGUUCUACCACAGGCUGCUGGAUUACCGGAAACCGGAGGUCGAAUCUCUCGCCCUGAUGUUCGGAGCGUUCGAUUCCGACGACGGAGGACAGGACGGGGGGGAGCAUUUGGAGUGGAGGCUUCCCGAGCACCACCAUCCCGACUCUCCUUUCCACUUUGUCGACCUUCCUUCCGAGGACGUCGCUCGCGAUAUCGCCAAUCGAAGUAUACUAGUCAAGGGCAUAUACGAACUCUGGGGAGAAGGGAACAACUACGAAGAACUAGAAGAUGCUAUAAAAGAUUACCCAGAUGAGCGUAAGCUACCAUAUCUGUCUCCUGAAAGCACAUUCAGAAUCACAGUUGACAGUUUUGGGAAGGUCAUUAGCUUUCAAGAGCAAAAUGAGCGCAUUCAAAGUCUUGCUUACAUCCCAUUCAAGGGGCAAGUCAAUCUAAGGAAUCCAGAUCACAAGUUCUGGCUCAUGGAAACAGAUGAUUAUGGAACCAACAAUGGUCUCCCUCCAGUGGUUCAGAAGAGGAUAUUUUUUGGCCGUGAAGUUGGUGGUGCUGACCGGAAGCUUUUGCCCACAUAUCAGCUCAAAAGUCGAACCUACCUUGGCCCUACCGCCAUGGAUGCAGAAAUGGCUUUCUUGAUGGCCAAUCAAGCAAUGGUAAAACCGGGGAAACUUGUUUAUGAUCCUUUUGUUGGCACUGGAAGCAUUCUUGUUGCCGCAGCUCAUUUUGGAGCAAUGACCAUGGGUGCAGACAUUGAUAUUAGGGUAGUGCGUGAUGGGCGUGGACCUGAUUGUAAUGUCUGGAGUAAUUUUAAGCAGUAUGGAUUGCCUACGCCAAUUGGUUUGUUAAGGGCCGAUAAUAACCUGCCUCCAUGGCGUCCUGGGUUAAAAGAAUACCUACAGGAUCUUGGUUUUUACUCAGGAUCUUCCACUUUAAAGAUGAGAUGGAGGGUAAUGUUACUGAACUGUUCGGUUGAUCACUACCAUGACAAAGAUGUAUUUGAUGCCAUAAUCUGUGAUCCACCUUAUGGAGUUCGUGCUGGAGGACGCAAGUCAGGUGGCCGUAAAUUACUGAAGGGGGUUGUGGGCCCUUACACUGUUCCCGAUGACAAGAGGACAGAUCACAUACCAUCGACCGCAGCUUACAGCUUGGUAGAAUGUGUGCACGAUUUGCUCGAUCUCGCUGCUAAAAUGCUCGUACUCAAUGGCAGACUAGUGUUCUUCUAUCCUGUAUUGAGAGAAGACGAGUCCACAGAAAACCAUUUCCCUGAGCACCCAUGUUUCGUAUUGGUUUCCGCAUCAGAACAGAUAUUAAGUUCACGAUAUAGCCGGGUUUUACUCACGAUGGUGAAGAGCAGUCCUUACACCGAGGAAAUCGAAGAAGAGGCUAGGCUUAAACAUCUGGAGUUCAAGGAAAACCACCUAAAGUGGAUGGAAGACGGUAAUCUUCAUUCUGCGGUUUUUAGCCCAGGGGAGUCGGUAUUUGUUGCAGAGGGCGACCCCAAAGUUAGUAAAGAAACAAAGCCGAAGUAUAGAGGAAAAUACGUGUAGUGCAGUCCUCCUAAAAGCAGAAUUUAAUAGGCUAUUAGACUGAAGAGAGAGAGAGAGAGAGAGAGAGAUUUAUUGACGAGGGAGUGAAGUUACGAACUUAUGAUGCGGUACUCUCGUCAGUUUAAAGCAAUUCAGUUUACUGAUGCAUUUUGUUCCUUCUCAAUAUGAAAGAGACGACCCUGCCUUCCA